AUGUCUGAAUCCGCUACUCCCGUGGGACUGGCUGUGCCAACCAGAAAUCCUGUGCCAGCACCUGCUGCCGAAGAGCCUAAAGAUACUACGCACACCCCCUCGCAACGGUACCUAUCAACAAGGGGGGGUUCUUAUGGACUAUCAUUCGAGGAGGUUGUUUUAAAAGGCCUGGCAUCUGAUGGUGGCCUGUUCAUCCCUGAAGAAAUCCCCAAUCUACCCCGCGAUUGGGAAACAAAAUGGAAGAACCUGUCUUUCUCACAACUCGCAUUCGAACUCCUCUCCCUCUAUAUCUCGCCCUCCGAAAUCCCACCCGCAGACCUGAAAGAGAUUAUUGAUCGAAGUUAUUCUACCUUCCGCUCUCCAGAAACGACUCCUCUAGUCACUCUCAACGAGAAGGAGAAUUUAUACCUACUCGAACUUUUCCACGGCCCAACAUUUGCUUUCAAAGACGUCGCAUUACAAACAUUAGGUAACCUCUUCGAGUACUUUCUGGUUAGACGGAAUAAGGGCAAGACUGGAAGAGACAGACAUCACCUCACGGUGGUGGGUGCAACAAGCGGUGACACUGGGUCCGCAGCAAUCUAUGGUCUGCGAGGAAAGAAGGAUGUGUCAGUCUUCAUUCUACAUCCCAAGGGGAGGGUCAGUCCGAUCCAAGAAGCGCAGAUGACCACGGUGCUAGAUGCCAAUGUACAUAAUCUUGCGGUGGAGGGAACGUUUGAUGAUUGCCAAGAUACUGUCAAAGCCCUCUUUGCGGAUCCCAAAAUCAACGAAAAUCUCAACCUAGGAGCCGUCAACUCCAUCAAUUGGGCCCGAAUUCUCGCACAGACAACUUACUACUUCCAUUCCUACUUCAACCUCACAAAGUCCGCAUCAUACAAACCAGGCCACAAAGUCCGCUUUGUCGUUCCUACAGGCAACUUUGGCGAUAUCUUAGCUGGUUACUUUGCAAAGCGUAUGGGUCUACCAGUCGAGAAGCUCGUUGUAGCAACAAAUGAAAACGAUAUUCUUGACCGAUUCUGGAAGACAGGACAUUACGAAAAGAAGGCUGUGCAUGGCGUGGAAGCAGAAGGUGGAAUCCCAGCAGACGGAGUGAAAGCACAUGAAGAUGGCGUAAAAGAAACACUGAGUCCAGCAAUGGAUAUCCUUGUGUCCUCCAACUUCGAGCGCCUUCUCUGGUUCCUCGCCUACGAAUACGCCGCUGAGGCGGGUAUGGACGAGGAAUGGAACAAGAAGCAGGCUGGACAGGAAGUCGAGUCGUGGUUGAAGCAGCUGAAGACUCAAGGAGGCUUUAGUGUCGCGGCUGAGAUACUCAAGUUUGCAAAGAGGGAUUUCGAGAGUGAGAGAGUUAGUGAUGCACAGACUGUUGAGACGAUUAAGCAGUUCUACUCUACCCCUGCUCCAAACGGGGACGCCAACGGCGCGUCGAAAAGAGGCUAUAUACUAGAUCCUCAUUCUGCUAUUGGUGUUGCUGCCUCAUUACGGUCGAUCAAGAGAGCACCUGCCGAUACGCACCACAUCUCUCUUUCGACAGCUCAUCCCGCAAAAUUCGCGAAUGCUGUUGAUCUGGCGUUGAAAGAUGAGCCAGGUUUUAGCUUCGACACUGUCCUUCCACAAGAAUUUGUCGGUCUAGAACAGAAGGAGAAGAGAGUACGGGUGGUAGCAAAAGGUGCGGGAUGGAAGGGUGUGGGAAAGCUUGUUGAGGAAGAGGUUGAGGCUGAGUUGAAACAUUUAUAG